GUCAUGUCCAGUCCAGACGUCUCAGGGUCAGUGUCCAGCACAUCUGGAGGCCUCAAGCCUAAAUUACAGCAGCAACCAGCUAAAGUUCUUUGGUAUGACCGGGCAAAGUACGUGUAUAUGGAGUUCUGUGUUGAGAACAGCCAGAACGUUAAGGUGGAUAUAGAAGACCACAAGGUCAUCUUCAGUUGUCUAAAUGAAGAUAACGUUCAGAUAUAUAAUGAGAUUGUCUUGUAUGACAGAGUGCAACCAAAGGAUUCCAGAGAGAAACGUUCAGACAGGUCGAUUACCUGUUUUCUAAGGAAGUGGAAGGAGAAAGUGGCUUGGCCGAGACUGACCAAGGAGAACAACAAGCCUGCCUGGUUGUUCGUAGACUUUGACAACUGGAGGGACUGGGAUGCCGAAGAGGAAGGAGAGAUGGCGAUGGCAGAACAUUACUUGGAUCUGAUCAACAAAGUGAAGGACAAGGGAGCGCCCCCGAGUAUGGACGACCUGGACGAUCUGGAUCUGCUGACCGAGGUGACGUCCUGCUCUCCUGCUCAGCUGAAGACCGAGAACGCAGGGAAGAAGGAGACGCUAUCGGGAUACAACGUGAUAUUGAAGGACACUGUUCUGUUCCCGGAAGGGGGUGGCCAGCCUGAUGACAGAGGAUUUAUCGGGGAUGUCCCUGUUCAUCGUGUGACCCGGCAGGGCCCGGACGCUGUACAUUUUGUAUCGUCUCCCUUGGAUCCAGGAUCACAAGUACUAGUGAGAAUAGACUGGAGCCGUAGAUUCGACCACAUGCAGCAGCACUCAGGCCAGCAUCUUAUCACAGCCAUCGCAGACUCUUUGUAUGGGUUCAAGACAACCUCCUGGGAGCUGGGACGACAGCGCAGUUCUAUAGAGCUGGACACGGCGACCAUGACCAACCAUCAGGUUGAAGCCGUAGAACAGCUGGUGAAUGAAAAGAUCCGCCAGCGCGUGCCCGUCAUUGUGAGGGUGAUCUCUACUGAGGAUCCCGAGUUUAACCAAGUCAGAAGCCGAGGUUUACCGGAUGACCACGCCGGUCCGGUUAGAAUAAUUGACAUAGAAGGGGUCGAUGCGAACAUGUGCUGCGGCACCCACGUUGCUAAUCUCAGUGACCUCCAGGUGAUAAAGAUUCUAGGAACGGAAAAAGGAAAAAAGAACAAGACUAAUUUAAUAUUCAUUGCAGGAGAGAGAGUACUGAAGUACGCUGCCCGAAGCUACAGCGUGGAGAAGUCUCUGACCGCUCUGCUGAAGAACGGCCCUGAGGAGCACAUUGAAGCUGUGGAGAAACUGCAGAAGUCUGUGAAAAGUCUUCAGAAGAAUAAUCUGACUUUAUUGCGAGAUCUCGCAGUCCUUUCAGCCCAGAGCUUUAAAAACAACCCAGACAGGAGCAAACUAUUCUCCUUACAUAGAAAAGAAGGCGACAAUGAGUUUAUGAAUAUUAUCGCAAAUGAGAUUGGCGCAGAGGACACCGUUGUCUUCUUAACCGUUGGAGAUGAAAAGACUUGCGGGUUAUUCCUCCUCUCUGGUCCUCCUGAAAUCAUUGACCAAGUAGGACCAAGAGCUGCUAAUAUUUUGGAUGGCAAAGGAGCCGGAAAGAAGGGUCGAUUUCAAGGCAAAGCCAACAAAAUGAGCCAGAGAGGAGAGGUGGAGCGUCUGCUCCGGGAAGUCCUAAAUGGAUCAGCACUGAAAGAGGAAUGAAGAAGGUGCCGCACCGUCCUGUACAGACCUUGGUCACCACUAGGAGGCGCCGAUGAUCCAGGCAGAGUACCGUCCCUUAGUCACAUGCACACGUUAUGUCUUUGCCCCUAUGAAUAUUUAUCAGUCUGAAUAGACCGGAUUGUCGUCCGUUGCCGCUUCAAGGACCGGAAUAAAAUCCAAAUGUUUGGGAAAAUCCGUCCAAUGCCGAGCUGUGUAUACUGACAUCUAUAUACAAAGUGUACAAAGUAUACAAAGUAUACAAAGCAACACAACAACCCCUGUCUUUUAUACAGGGGCCACACGUAGGCUCUUGUCUUGUGACAGUCUGUAUGAAUGGAGGUGUGUGUGACGGUACACAUUACAAAGCUGUGACUGGGACAGUCGCGCAAUUUCCACCUGUGAUGACGUUUCUCUAGCGCCGAGAACUAACCGUACGU